AAAAAUAUUUAGCAUUAAAAAUACGAAAGUAAAUCGCGCAGAUCGAUAACAUCUUGAUAAAGUGUUACCUACAGUUGAGAUAGCAGAUAUUGUAUAUGCUACACUUGUGAUUUUAAUACUGGACUGGAUUAAGAAAACAGCUGUCGUAUAAUUUUUGUUUGUUGCGCAAUAAAUAAAAUAUCAACAUUAACCAGCAAAAAUAACCGAACUUACAGUUUCCCAUCGUCAUCUCUAAAAUCAACAAGUUCAACUCACAAUGGCGCAAAACAACUUCAUGGACAAAUUACGGAUAUUUUUUGGCAUAAAACAGGAUCCGCCUAGAAAUGAUUUUAGAAAUCCAAUUUGGAGUUCCGACGACGAAGAUGACGGUGAUGAACUAUACACCAGACACGAAAUGAAAGAGUUCUCCGAUUCUAUAGACAUUCACCGAGAGUUCUCUCGACAGAUGCAUGAAAUGUUCCAGACCUUCAGCGCUAUGUUUGGAGACAUUAGGUCAUUCACCAACGACAACCCCUUCGAUUCUUUCACGACCAUCAACCCACUGCCGCCAGAGCAAGGUGAAGAUGCACAAGAACAUUUCCCCACAGGAAACAUACGGGACUACUAUCUGAAGCCCGGCUACCACAAGCACCCGCAAGAGCAGUUGAAAGAAGACAUAGAUUUAGAUGGUAAAAUAUCAUCAAAUGAAAUAUCUGGAUUGCUCAAAACGAAGAAAGACAAACCGAUUGUUCCUAUCACACCAUUCAGUGGGGAGUUGGUACCAGGCCGGUCAUUCUGCCAGACCAUCAUCACCACAAGUGUAACUAAGCCAGACGGAUCGAUUGAGACCAGGCGGAUAGUGAAACGAGGCAAUGAAGUUGUUGAAGAGACAAUCACAUCCACUUCCACAGGAACUGACACGCGAAUGUCACCACUCAACCCAGGUUUGGAUAACUUGUCAACUCCUGGCCAUAUUUACAGCAAUGUUCUGUCGGAACUUUCCUCACUAUUUAGACAUUUUUACUAAUAUUUAAUCCAAUUUCUGUAGCUGUGUAUCUAGACCAUUUCAAUUUAAUGUAUUAGUAUAAGAAAACAAUCUGUAUUUUCUCUUUCUUGCAGAGGAAUAAUUUUGAAAUUAUUAUAAUAACUUCAUAAUAACUAUUUGCAUGUAAUGUUGCAAAAAUAUAGAUGUUUAAUUACAGAUAAAUUAUUCCAUAUUCUUGAUGUAGAGUAUCCACAAAAUGAUAUUUAAAUUAAGGCUCAAUUAUUACUUGUGGACCUGAAUACUAUAGAAAAUAAAUUAAUUCCGGUAGUAUGUAGUCUAAGUAGUGUAGGAGCCUUUCAAAUAUCAAAUAUUAUAAAUAUAGAUCAAAUAAUUGUCAGCUUAUUUAUAAAUUAUGUCAUAAUUAAUACAUAAAUACAUCAUAAAA